GUAACAUUUUUUUUAUUUUUUAGAUCAAGUGUAAUCUUAUUUAAAUAACACAUUAUUGUCCCGGCUACUAAGAAGACAAGAUGGGUGGCGGUGAUCUUAACAUGAAAAAACAUUUCCACCCUCUCACGAUUGAGAAUCUUGAGAGGGUUUGGAAAGCCGAAGAGAAAAAGCGAAAGGAAGAUGAACGCAUUCAACAACUUCAGGAAGAACUCGCUGCUGAAAGACAGAGAGAAGCUUUUCAGAAUCAAGCAGUAGCAUCUGGACUUCAAAAGAAGAAAUCUGAAAAAUUGGAUUGGAUGUACAGUCAUCAACAAGCAGUUAACACAGAAGAAUAUCUUUUGGGAAGAAGUAUUGAUAAAAAUGUUGAAGUGAUGAAAGAAGAUGAAGACAAGACACUAGCCACUGGUGUGGUGAACAACAUGUCAAGCUUACCGAAAGCUAGUGACAUCCUUGCAAAAGUGAAGGAAGAUCCUUUAUUUCUGAUUAAGAAGAGGGAAGAAGAUAAUCGUAAAGACUUGGUACAGAAUCCAUUCAAACUAAAGAAGAUGAAGGCAUUGCUACAACAACAAAUGUUGGAAUCAAACGAAAAAUCUAAAAAGAAGAAGAAAAGAAAGCAUAAAGGAUUGUCUAGUGAUGAUGAAGAUGAAAGACGCUACAAAAAGCAAAGUGAGUCUCGUCGUCACUCUGAUGACAGGAGUCAAUACCAGCACAGAAGAGAACAUAGAAAAGAAGAACAUAGAAGGGAAGAUAGUCGAUAUAAUGUCGAAAGGAGUAAAAGAAAUGGUGAUCGUGGCGAUUCUGACAGGCACAGAGAAGGUUACAAAGAUCAUAGAGAGAUGGAAGGACGCGGUAAGAUGCAUUAUGAUUCAAAAACAUCGAGUACAUACCAUUCCAAGAAAACUCGUGGAGGGAACUCCUCCUCUGAUAAUAAUGAUGAAGUUAAGGAAAGAAAACAUCAAAGAAAAACUGAAAGAGAAAAACAAAGUAAAGAAAAAAUGAGAUACAAAAGACGACGCAAAGAUAGCAGCACUGACGAUGACGAGAUGGAAGCCAAAAGACUGGAAAUGCUCAACAACGCUAAAUGGCGACAAACGCAGAGGUCGAAAAACGUAAAACGGUACGAGAAAGACCGAGAGAAUGAAGAGAAGUCUGUAAAUUCAAUGCUGAUGAAUUCAGACUUAGAAGAAGAUAAAGCUAAAUUCAUAAAAAAAAUGCAGAAGGAUUCUCUGAUGUCGAGCGGAAAUUCUGUCGAAGAUCGUAUUCGAAGAACUAUACAUUCGAAGCAAAGGACGAACGCAGCUUUGCAGAAAAAAUUCACAUCGAGAUAGCGAGAUGAGAAUAUAUCGUGGAGUAAUUCUGGAAGUAAAAACGCUACAGAGCGUGACAGUCGACUUAUCGAUGAAUAACGUUCGCGAAACACCGCGACACGCAUCGAACUUCGCGAGCACGUGUUGUUGCGUGAAUGUCAACGAUCUGGUUUUUCGGUUAACCACGAAACAAUGGCUAUUCCGUUAGACAAUUUGCUCCAUAGUUAAAAUUGUCUACAAAGGUCACUUCUGCAUUUCUAAGUGCAUUGUUAACGAUACAGCGUUGCAUCAAAAUCUGCUUAUGUACAUUACUAAGAUAGCUAGUGGAGGGCCUACAUGAGACGCUGUUUGCGUCAUAACGUACGUGAGAAUUGAUUGGUUGUUGACCUCAAAGUUUGUUAAGUGUAUAAUUGGUAUUUAAACGGGUUAAAGAGAGACGGUCCCUAUUUAACUGUACAGCUCUUUAGAGACUUUUUAUGAAUCUGUAUGAGAAAUAAUUUUAUGUAUAUAGAUUUUAAACA